AUGGAUGUUUCGGGGAGAAAAUUUAAUGAGGGAAACGUUCAUGGACAUAUCUGCAAAAUUUGUGGGGAUAAUGAUUACCGUAUUCAAGCAUUUGGAUUUUGUCACAACUGUAAGAUAUAUUUGUGCAGGAAAUGUUUUGAAUCUCACAAAAAAGACAAGAGAUCAAGUUUUCAUCAUGCGGUAAAGAGUGACCCAGUCAACGCAAAUGAUCCUUUGCCGCCUUGUUCGAAGCAUGAAAACGAGGUUAUUAAAUUCUACUGUCGUGCUCAUGAAGAUCUUGGAUGUAAUGUCUGUAUGUUACAGCACAAGAAUUGUGAAACAGACUACAUACCGGAUGUUUCAACACAGUUUACCAAUUUUGAAGAGUACUUAAACAUUGAAGUUUGCAUACAAGAACUAAAAGGAAAGAUUUCCGAAGGCUUAGACAAAUUAAAAGAAAAUGCACCACAAUACAAAAAAUCCUUUCAACUAGCUACUGAAACCUUUAGGGCAAUAAAAAGAAAGAUCACAGAACAUCUAGACAAGUUCGAAAAAGAACUCGAAGAAGAGGCAUUAUCUUAUAUAAAAGCAAGUGAUGAUAAGUUGGCAAAAUUAAAAUUUGAUUUGGAUGUACUUGAAAAUGAAGUAUCUAAUACUGCCGAUUUGAUGACUAACCUGAAGAAACAAAACAAAAACAAUUUGCAAUUUCUUGAAGCAAAACGUGCUGAAAAGAAAAUAUCAGACUACUUUAUGAGGAUUUACGAAAUAUCGACACGAAAUACAUUUGACAAUAUCAUUUUUAGUCCUUCAAAUCGGUUGAGUGACUUCAUAACUUGUGAAAAUGUACUGGGUACAUUAAAGUUGGUAGGCAGCGAAUUAGGACCUUGUAGAUCUUUGGAAAUGCUGGAGACACGCAAACCAAGUUAUAUUAAUAUAAAAUCUGAAAGUGAUAGAAAAACCUGCUAUGCAACUGGACUAGCAUUUCUAUCGCCUGAUCAUCUCGCUAUAGCAGACAAAGCCAAUAAAAAUGUGAAAAUUGUGGAUGUAUCUCACGACCAGAUUGUUUCUCACAUUGAGUUAACAUCAUCUCCACGAGAUAUAACGGUAAUACCACCGGACCAGCUUGCCGUGACACUAAGGGAUGAGGAACGUAUUCAGCUACUUUCAACAAGAAAAGGUGUGACUAAAGCAGAACAAAUAAGGACAGCCGGGAAUUGUCGAGGCAUCAAAUAUGAUGACGGGAAACUUAUCGUUGCGUUCGAUGGUAAAGUUAGGCCAAAAAUAGAAAUCUUAAGACUUAACGGAGAAGUACUGUGCACUUUCCAAUUGAAUGAGUCUGGGUCUAUAUUUACUGAACCAAAAUGCAUAGGUUUGAGCCCAGAUAGCAGUUGGAUGUACGUUACUGAUUUAACUAAAAUGUGCCUGUUCCGUUUAUCAAGGUUGGGAAAUGUUACCGGUACAUUUGGAAGACAUAGGUACAUGGGUCUUGCAGUAAGCGCUGGUGGCUCAGUAUACGCCUGUUCAAAGUCUAGCAACUCCGUAUUUCAGUUACCGGAUGAUCUGUCAGAAGACGAAGCAGUGUUGACCAUCAAUGACGAUAUUAAGGCACCGAUAGCUCUCGCUAUUUCCAACGUUAAGAAAAUGCUAUAUGUGAGUUGUGGAAGCAGUGACGCUAAUGUAUCCAAUAAACUGCAUGUUUUUAAAAUAAAGCCUAAAACUAACAAUUAUUCAGCUGAUAACGGAUCUGAUAGUAUCUGA